GGCUCGUAAUGCUGAAAAGGCUAUGACAACAUUAGCUCGUUGGAGAGCAGCACAAAAUACAGAUGGAUUUAAAAAGGAACCAGAGCGAAGACCUUACUUAGCAUCUGAAUGUCGGGAUUUAAGGAAGGCAGAAAAAUGGAGAUUACAAAUAAUUCGAGAAGUUGCCAAAAAAGUUGCACAAAUUCAAAAUGCUGGUCUUGGUGAAUUUCGAAUUCGUGAUCUUAAUGAUGAAAUAAACAAAUUGUUAAGAGAAAAAAAACAUUGGGAAGCGCAAAUCAAAGAACUUGGAGGUCCAGAUUAUUCCAGAGUUGGACCACGCAUGCUAGAUCAUGAAGGACGUGAAGUACCGGGAAAUCGUGGAUACAAAUAUUUUGGAGCAGCCAAAGAGUUACCAGGAGUACGAGAAUUAUUUGAACAAGAACCACCAGCACCCCCUAAAAAAACACGAGCUGAAUUGAUGAAGGACAUUGACGCUGACUACUAUGGAUACAGAGACGAUGAUGAUGGAAUUCUUGACCCAUUAGAGCGCCAAACUGAAUCCGGUAAGCGUGAUGUUAAGAUCAGUAGUUGGGUUUAUCAUGAAAGUAAAGAUGAUGAAGAAAAUGAAAUAGAAAUAACCGCGCAACGCUCAAUACCUAGUCAAGAAGAAAUUAAAGAAGCAAUAAUAAACAAGAAAAAACAAGAACUGCUAGAAAAAUAUGUUUUAUAA